AUGACCAACAAAGGCGACGGCGACGGCGUCGCACCACCAGCAUACUCGGCCCACGAGAAUGGUGGAGGCAUGCAGUCAGCACCACCUGUGGAUGUCGAUAUCACAGCUGCCUUCGCCCGUCUAUCCCUAGAGUCGAAUAUCACCGAGAGAAAACUUACCGUUAACACCUGUCUCGCGCACUUGAAACUUCUUCACGCGAUUCACAACUUAAAGGAGGAAGUGGGCUACACUGAUGGGCUUUUUGGCCUGUAUGACAGUCGUGCAACCGACGACGCAAGCAACUUGGACUUGGACACUGUCCACGUCGAAAAAGGCGUCAAACUCGAAGAUGCUGAUAAGAUUAAACUCGCUCUGAGUAAAAUUCGGGAAAAAAGAUGGGCGCUGUUUGUCGCACGCGCCGUUGAUCGAUACGAGUCUUGGUGGAAGACUAUACAAGGCCAAAAUGUUCUUACAGAAGACAUGAUGGCAGAUCCGGUCUCCGAGUUAUUUGCCAAUUUCCCACUCCUUUGUGAGAAGCCUCAGGGGCUUCGAGAAGAUAUGCUUCCGCCUCUAGAUGUAUUGAUGGUGUUUCACUCUCAUAUGCUGAAUCCUCGGUCUUUCCUUGAGGACUCCAUAAGAAGCUCUAUGAAAGGAUUGUGGCAAGACGGCAUGCCGUGGCCUCUGGUCAAUGAAGCAAUUGACACUGACUUUAACUAUUCCACGUCUGAUGCGUGCCGGAAACGUUGGACCCAAGCGACAGGCCGGAUGUGGACCAAUGCAGAAGAUCCCAUGACGAAAAUCAUCAAUUGUCCUUACUGCCAGGUACCAAACCACAUCCCGUGGACAACUUGCGGAACGAAGGAAAAGAGUGACAAAGAAGACGGCUUAUCUGGACUGAUCGGCACCGGGUACGGCGAUGGAAAACUGAACUACCAGUGUGUAGCCUGCGAAGGUAAUAUUUGCAAGGAGGCUUUGUCUGUUCGCAAGUUUGUGCAGGACGCAGCACUUCUCCUCACUCGGUCAGUGCCCAUGCCAGGAACCAUUCUCGACCCUCAGAAUGGCAUGCCAGAGCCUGUACCCAUCGGCGAGGCUGCCAAAGUAUACCCAAGGACGUUUCCAAACCGAAUGAUUCAACUGGACCUCCGAAUUCAAGUCCAAGAGAUCUUCAAUGCGUACAGAGAUCCGACCAUGGAGACUGUCAAGUCUCUUGUCGAGGAGGUCUUGCGCGACCCUACCAGACUAAGUCGCAUCAACUCAAUGCCAACUCGAUGGAAGAAUACCCGAUAUAGGAUCCCUCCCAAGUCCAAGAAUUGCGUCCGCAAGAUGAUGAGCCGGUACUGGGAGAACUUUUCGCCAUUUGCCCUGGACUUGUGUGGUGCCGUGAUGCGCCAGGGAGUCUUUGUCGACAAAAUGGUCAAGCUGGACUGGCUUCAUAGCCCGUCAGCACGAGAGACAAUGGCGCGACUCAUCAACAAAUACGUCAACUUUAUUACACUCAUGCGGCGGUACCCGAAAGAAAUUGCCGUUCCAACGCUAGAUGUUGAUCUUGCAUGGCAUACUCACCAAUUAGUCCCGCAUUCCUAUUACUCUUACACGACAAGAGCCACAGCAAAAUUCAUUGACCACGAUGACAAGAUUGAAGAAACGAAACUAAACCAAGCAUUCGAAUGGACGUCCAAGACAUACCAGCAGGACUUUCACGAGAUGUACAGCGAAUGCACUUGCUGGUACUGCGAAGCCACUCGUGCGUCACACAUGUCUUCUGUCGGCUCCCUGUUUGGAACGUCCAAAGGCGACAAGUACGUCGAAGACUUUUACCAAUCCGGAAGAGCUGGGCUAUGCCCUCCAGAUAAUUCCGCCCACAUCUCUGCACACAACGCCGUUCGCUCAAUGAAUGGAUCAAAGGGAACGGUGAUAGACUACCUUCGUUCUCGCCAGGACGAAAGACUUGAGCGCAACUAUCAGAAAGCCGUUAAGCGAGCCGAGAAGAAGGGCCGCAAGCUUCCGCCGCGGGAUGAUUAUUAUAACCACUGGGGCUAUGCCUACUUUAUGUAUUCCCCUGCAGUGUAUCCUUUGUAUUUUGCCCCGGGAAUGUAUUACGGCUGGGAUCCAUGCUACACUAAUGCUGGUGCCGGUGCUUGGGGCGGCUGUGCUGCGGGAAGUUGUGGUGGAGGAGGUGUAGCCACGGGAGCUUGCGGAAAUGCUGGGGGAUGCGGAGGUAUUGGGGGUUGCGGAUCGGGAACUGGAGGUUGUGGCGGCGCGGGAGGAUGCGGCGGAGGAGGCGGUUGUGGAGGGGGUGGAGGAUGUGGUGGUGGAGGAGGCGGCGGCUGCGGAGGAGGAGGUGGUGGCGGUUGCUGA